AUGGCAUCGCGACCAACAAUGACCAUAACUACUCAGAGAACAGCUCAGAGACCUGGUGCACCAUCUACCGUCUCCACAUCGUCUUCGACGUCCUCAAAUGCAACCAUCCGGCCGCAUGUCACCACGCCUAGGGCGACUUCGCCUGCUUCACGCAUGUUUGUGACAACUGGAAGUAAUCAGCGCACGAAAGUACCAGGUUCUCGCCAACCACCCUCCAAGACAAUCCUCAUCAGACACCCCCACUGGGCAGAGUCGUCCACGGUGCAGCAGAAUACGCCGUUGCUUGAUGUAAAAGAUGUGCUCAAGGGACUCAGCUGGAGAUUGGAACAGUUUCUAGAUAUGGGGGCUUCCUUCCCUCUCAUAGAGCCCGAGAUGGUCGUUGCGGCACGGCAAGACAUGAGCAUUUGCGGCACCGCCCUGGACUUGCUGGCAUCUGCGGUUCUCGCUGACGGCGACCCACCGAUUUGCGAGCUGCCACUCGUAAAGAUGGAUGCAAACGGAAAGCCAUAUGCGGAGAAUACGGUACCAGUCACCAGCAGCAACAGCCCAGAUGCGCUUAAGCCCUUUUUUGCUGCUUGGCAAAAUGUUGCUCAGCGAGUUCAGCAACUCGAUCCUCCGAGACAGUCUACGAUUGCGAGGAUUAUCUGUGACUUGGAUUUGACGGAGAGUGUCAUGCAUCCCUUGGUGAAUCAACUAGCCACUGAUUUACGAAAGUUGGCCAAGGAGAUCAAUCAAAGUAGAUCGUUCCUGGAUCAGCUUGACGAAGCCAUGAUGAAUGCGCUCAAGGAGUCUGCCAGGGUGUCAAUGAUGCCCAUUCGCAAAGGCACGAUGAAUAUCAUGCAGCUCCCAACUGUCGGAGAAGGUUCAGAGCCGACCUCUUCUCAGAAUAGCUCACGGUCUUCGUCCCGCUCGUCGCGACGUGGGUCACGAUCCCACUCACGAUCAAGCUCGCGGCGAGGUGACAAGGGCUACUCUGACAUGAACGGAGAACGGGGACAAUCUUUGAAGCCCAAGAGUAGCACUCAGUCCCUAAGGCUGGGAGCAGACAACAUGCCGUUGUUGGAUGGAGAAUACGGCGAUAAUGAUGGGACAGCCACCGGAUCGGAGAUGAAUCCCCAUCAUCACCCGGCGUUAACCGCCUCAUCCCCGCGCCCCCUGCGCGCACAGCCGGGCUCAUACCCAGAGCGCCCUUCAUCACGAAACCAAUCAACGGAUAUAUACAGCGGAGUUGCACCUAUCACAAUUCCAGCUUUUACUCCCGGACAGGCCGACCUAUCCAACCUCUUGGCCUCUACCCAUCUUGAGGACAUGCACAAGGCUUCUCGAGGAACGACUUUACCGGGCCCACCGCCCAAUAACCCGAUCGGUGUUGUUCAUCUACAACCCAUGCCGUCUGACACCCCUCCUGUUCGCCAACGAGGGCCACGACCACUACCGCCAAGACCCUCUCCAUCUCCCCAGCCACCUCAACAACCCCUUGUCAACAUGUUUGAGGUACCAUCAAUGUCUGCAGUACCAGACCAAAAUGCUCCCGCUCCUGCACCUUUCACAAUCCCUCCCCCUCCACCCACCCUGGUCAAUAUGGCACCGGUGUCUAGCCAGGUUUUCUUUGUACCCUCCAUCUCAGAAGUCUCUUCAUCGUCUGCCUAUGACCUCCAAAAGGUUCGAGAUCAAUAUGCGAUGGGUUCCAACUCUAGUUUAGCGCACUCUGACCACGAAUCGGUACGAUCACGACGGGUCGGAAGGAUCAUGUACCCUUCUGCAGAGCCUAGUCAGGGACCACUUCGCAGCGAUGGUUUCGUCAAUAAUGGGUCCAGCAAUCCUCUCAUUCCCAAUUGGGGAUCAGACCCCAACUACCCAACCUGGUAUCCAGGCCCCACUGGGAAUCCAGUCCCGCAAGUUGUAUCGAGUGAACCAGAGCCGAAGAAGGAAGGGUUCUUCGACAGCGUGAAAACUUUCCUACGCGGUAAUCAAGAAAAGUCCUCGCAGUCUUCGGAUCGCAACUCAUCUGACUCGCGUCUCCAUCCAAGCAGCGUUGCGAUCACGCCGCAAGAUGCCUCAGCAUAUUACCGGGGUAGAUCAAACUCUCCGCUCCCACAUAUGCCACCUGCGAAUAUGGUACACUCUUAUGGUCCCAUACCUCCUCACCCACAUCCUCUGUCAAACGGCCAUUCCCCAUCACCGAGACCUGCGUCGCCUCAGAUUUCACCCGGCUAUGCGAACGCGUUUCAAGCAAAUCCAGUUGCAGCGAGUUCUUACCAUGGCGCAGGUCCGUCUGGGAGCCGGCGUUCAGAGUAUGCACCGACGCUCUUGGACAAUGCACCAAAGGCGGAAGCGAAUCGACCGCGUGAAGAUGUCAAAAACCCAGAUGUAGAUGCAAUCGUGGAGACGGUGUAUGCCGCAAUUGCAGAAUGCCUGGGCUCGUCUGUCCUCCGACCUGUUCUUGCCAAAGACGAAAAGCGGGCGUAUUACUCUGCGAUGGGCCUUGCGAUCCUCAACGUAUCCCCGACUCUACAACAAGGCUCUGGAGACACACCAAAUUUGAUCCGAGUCAUGUCUAGGAAUGUACGACUGACAGACCUACCUGGAGCGUAUCGUACGUGUGCAACCGAGCUUGCGUCGAUUGGGCGAGAGGUACGAAAGCUUCGUGAGGAAGAUGACGAGCGCGCCAUUGCCUAUGUGGCACGAGGCAAAUCCCUUCCCGAACCCCGCAUAAGCAGGGUGCAGAAAUUGCUCGAGAGGGGCGUUGGCUGGGUUGGCGCAGAUGGACGGGUGCGAGGGACGAGCAACAGGAGUGGUGGGACGGGCAGAUCGCUCGAGUUUUCGAACAAGAUUACGACGCUCGCGCUAGACAUGAUGAAGCUCCCGGCGUUCCAAGAGGAGAAGCUACGAAAGCUGGUUGGGCCUGCUGGAGCGAGUGCAGCAUACUGA